UCUUCAAGCAGCGUUGGGGUUGCACAAACCGAUUCAGGUUCCAAACUGUUUAACUUCUCAGCGAGAAUGUUGUGAAAACUCGGUCUGAUUGAGGUCAAAUAUUUAGAUAAUUGGAACGGUGUAUGAUAAGAGGCGGGGAGAAGAACUUUUGAGAAAUACCUUAUUCUAUGACCUUUAAUAACCGGUGGCUUUACUGCUCUUCAUCCAUAUGGGAAGUUUUCCCUGAGCUCGAGACAUCUGCCGCGCUGUCAAACUCUCUGCCACCGGGAAUACUACGCGUUUUUGUCAUAGGUUGUUGUAUUACCUCAUUGGAAAAUAUAGGGCGAUUGUUUCAUCGUAUACUUGGGUUGCAUGCAUCAAUGCCAAGAAAUUUCAUUAAGGGAACAUUGCCCAAGGAAAACGAGAGCCAUCCGUAGGAUGGAGCCAGAGGCCAAGGAGAGAGGGACGACAGAGAACAGAGGCAGCUCCUCUACGAGGGAGCAACGCUCCUCCUGCUCCAGCCUCAAGAUGUUCCUUGUGGCCCUGUCGUUUGCCUACUUUGCCAAGGCCUUGUCUGGCAGCUACAUGAAGAGCACAAUAACCCAGCUGGAGAGACGCUUUGACAUCCCCAGUUACCUAACAGGUGUCAUCGACGGGAGCUUUGAGAUAGGUAACCUGUUGGUGAUAGCAUUUGUGAGUUACUUUGGUGCAAAGCUGCAUCGGCCCAAGAUCAUAGCCAUGGGCUGUGUACUGAUGGCAGUGGGAACAUUCAUCAUCGCUCUGCCACACUUCCUCAUCGGACGCUAUAAGUUCGAAACGUCAAUCCGAUCGUCAGUGAAUUCAACCAAUAACCUCUCCCCAUGUCCAGCGCGCCUGUUGUCACCCUUCCGCCCGGUGACCCGCUUUCUGAGUAGGUUGUGA